AUGGUGCCCGGCACCGCCGUGGAGUCCUUCCCCGAGCCCGUGUGCGGACAGAUAGCGCAGAUGCUCGACAACUGUUUUCACAACUCGACCCCCAACAUAGCGGUGGAGUUGCUGUACAGUGUGCAGAUCCCCGAAACUAUCGAGCAAAUCAGCAGCCGGUGCCUGUUGUUCAACCGCGGCAUGGAGUGCGUUCAGCGAUAUCUGGACAUUUGUGUGGACACCAAGGAGCGGACGAUCAUCGACAACGAAGUGUACGGCGCAAAGCGGCUGUACGAGUUUCUGUGCCGCGAUCGAGCCUUCCAGCAGGAGUUUCUCUGGCAUAAAGGGUGCUUCCGGCACGUGCACCACGAUCUCGAUGAUUGCUCGAAAAACUUUGUCACCAUCCUGAAGGAGGAAGUCACCAAAACCACGCAACAGUCGUUCAACCUACAGUACAUGCACUUCUGUUGCGCCCGGUAUGCGUACGAAAACUGCGUGUACAACAGCGCCCGGUACAAGUGUAAGCCGGACUCGGCCCUGUUCCUACGGCGCAUCGCCCGCCUACUGUCAACGGACCGCCACUUUUUGAACUGUGAUAAAAUCGAAAACGAAAUCUGCUCCUCCGCGUGGACGCCAGCCGUCAUUGACGACUGGCAUCUGGUUCUGGGGACGGUGCUGUUGUUGCUGAUACCGCGUGUGGUACGCCUGAUCACGCCGCCGUAG